AUAAUGCCAAGAAAACAAGGGUAAACAAUUGAAGGGAAACGAGGUCGUACAAGGGUAACGCCUCAUCGGUUCUUCACAUCAACGCCCAGGAUACGACGGGGAACAUGGUUUCUAUAUCGGGUUCGGUGUUCUUCCCAUUAACAGUGCCCGAUUGUUCAUCUCGAUCGCGUAAAGUAGCUGUUCUUGAUAAUCACAAUUCGUUUUGUUUGAAGAAAAAGGAUCAGAGAAGGAUUGUUUGUAAUUGCAUUGCGCCUCCCCCUUUCUUCAAGAGUGAUGGAUCAUCUACCGUAAAUUUCAAUGACUCGUUUACAUCGGAACAUUUAAGCCGAGAUAAUGAGGACGAGGACGAGGACGAGGACGAGUCUGAUGUUCUCAUUGAGUGUAGAAAUGUCUACAAGUCCUUUGGAGAAAAGCAUAUAUUGAGAGGUGUGAGCUUCAAGAUUAGACAUGGAGAAGCUGUGGGAGUUAUUGGGCCUUCUGGUACUGGGAAAUCAACAAUACUAAAGAUCAUUGCAGGUCUUCUUUCUCCAGACAAGGGAGAGGUAUAUAUUCGAGGUAGAAAGCGAGUUGGUUUGAUUGAUGAUGAGGAGCUAUCUGGUCUUCGAAUUGGAUUGGUUUUUCAGAGUGCAGCACUUUUUGACUCGUUAACCGUGCGGCAAAAUGUUGGUUUCCUUUUGUAUGAAAAUUCAAGCUUGUCUGAAGAUCAAAUUUCAGCAUUGGUAACUGAGAACUUGGCAGCUGUUGGGCUGAAGGGAGUUGAGGAUCGGUUACCUUCCGAAUUAUCAGGUGGAAUGAAGAAACGAGUUGCUUUAGCUCGGUCUAUAAUUUUUGAUAACACAAGGAAAGAAAUUGAGCCAGAGGUACUCUUGUAUGAUGAACCAACUGCUGGACUCGACCCAAUUGCAUCAACUGUUGUUGAAGAUCUUAUACGUUCUGUACAUAUUAAGGGUGAGGAUGCUCGUGGGAAGCCUGGCAAAAUUGCAUCUUAUAUUGCAGUCACCCACCAACAUAGUACCAUUAGGAGAGCCGUUGACAGGUUGUUGUUUUUAUAUGAGGGAAAGGUUGUCUGGCAAGGAAUGACCGAUGAAUUUACAACAUCGACAAAUCCAAUCGUUCAACAGUUCGCAUCGGGAAGCUUGGACGGUCCGAUUAAGUAUUAGCAGGCACGCUAACGAUCAUGUACUUUUAGAUUAGACAUAGCACCAUUCCUAUAUCUUUGGAGGCAACAAAAUUUAGUUCCUAUAUUCUACACAUUUCUGUAAUUCUGUUUCCUUUGUUUUAAUAAUAUACUGGUUAGAUAUUAUUCUC